GGUUAUAAUGAGCAAUUUGGACAACCAAUUCUAUAAAGCGGCAACUAAGUUUAUUGGAAGUUGCAGCGAUAAGCGUCUAUAUAUAACCUAUAGCAGUCUCGCAACAAGAAGAGAAGCAGCAGAAGAAGCAGAGAACAUGGGGAACAGCCUCAGAUGCUGUUUGGCUUGCGUUCUUCCCUGUGGCGCGCUGGACGUCAUCCGAAUCGUCCAUCUCAAUGGCCGAGUCGAGGAGUACAGCCGUCAGGUCUCCGCCGGAGAGAUCCUGGCAGCCAACCCGAACCACAUCAUCAGCAAGCCGUGCUCCCAGGGAGUCACCCGCAAGAUCUUGAUCGUGUCGCCGGACUCGGACCUGAAGCGGGGCCAUAUCUACUUCUUGAUUCCCGAAUCAGCAUUCCCAGGCCCUGCAGGCAAAAAGAGAAAGAAGAAGAGGCACCAGAAAACUGGUGGCGACGUGGCCGCUAAGGAGUCGGACCAUGACAACGACCGCCUCUCAGCGAUCGUCUCGGAGAAGAAGGCAUGUCACCGCCGCCGGCGGAGUGGGCGGGUUGGCGUAUGGAGGCCGCAUCUCGAGAGCAUAUCAGAAGUCUGAGAUAAGAUUUUUCGCUUCAGCAUGUGGGUGGUGGAGCAUGGCUUGCUGCUUCUCUCUCUCUCUCUCUCUCUCUCUCUCUCUCUUAUUCUUAUGUGGAUAUACACAUAAUCGUGAUCACUUCAUCUUUUUCCUCCCACUUGAUGGAAACGAGUGGAAGUUGUGAAUCCUUUUUGUAAUCUAUUCUUCAGAGAACAAAAGACACAUCAGUUGGAGCGAAAUGAAAGAGAAACUUUACUCCCUUUGAACCA